CUCUCAGUCUCCAUCAAUGGCAGAGAAUAUAUACGGAGCUAAUUAAAAAGCAGAAAAUGACGUUCAUCAAUGGCGUCUCCAUAGAUCAAUAAUCUGCAACUCAUCUUCAAUCUGUAUAUAGAUAUGAACAUAUAUUGCUUAUGUUAUGUAUGAUGACUGAUGUGAGGGUUGCGUGAGAGUGAGACUCACGCCAUUGAAGCACUUUGGAUUCGAAUUCCGCGAAAUAUGUCUCAGGCUAACGAGUCGAGUACGGCGUGGGGAGAGGGUUUCUCCGGUGAAGCUGGCGAUGCCGGAGGGCGGUACAAACCGAUUUACUCGCCCGCGGCCGGGAUGGGCGGGGGAGGUGUAAGGGAAACGGCGGUGCCUAGGAAAACUGGCGGGGAGCAUUUGAGAUUCCACGCGGUGGAGUUCGCCAAGGGUUUCGCCGAAAUGAGUGUGGAGUUCGGGAAGGGGGUGAAGGAUGUGGUGAUGCAGACGGUGGUGUCUGAGGACUCCAUGAUUGGGAAGAAGCUGAGAGGGCCGUGCCAGAAAAUUUCCAGGAAAUUGAGAUUUCUGAACGAAUAUUUGCCAGAGGAUCGGGAUCCAGUUCAUUCAUGGAGUGUGAUUUUCUUCGUCGCAAUAAUUGCUUCUGCAGCAUUGAUGGUAAGUGAUGAUGCGGAUACUAGAUCCACUUCGGUAAAGAAAGUAAAUAAACAUCCUCUUGGUGCAAGUCGAAUUUUACUUCCAGAUGGUAGACAUUUAGCAUAUCGGGAACAAGGCGUUCCGCCCAAUCAAGCCAGAUUUUCUUUGGUCUCUGCACAUUCUUUUCUUUCAUCCAGGCUUGCAGGAAUACCUGGCAUCAAGGUUUCACUGCUGCACGAAUUUGGUGUUCGCUUGGUGACAUAUGACCUUCCUGGAUUCGGAGAAAGUGAUCCUCAUCCCAACAGGAACCUCGAGUCAUCAGCAAUGGAUAUGCUACACUUAUCAUAUGCUGUGAAUAUUACUGACAAAUUCUGGGUGGUGGGAUUCUCUAGUGGAAGUAUGCAUGCCUGGGCUGCACUUCGAUAUAUUCCUGAUAGGGUUGCUGGUGCAUUCAUGGUUGCUCCAAUGAUCAAUCCGUAUGAACCAAGCAUGACGAAGCUGGAGGUACAAAACAUGUGGAAGAAAUGGACGAAGUGGAAGAAGUUUAUGUAUAUGCUAGCUCACAGGUUCCCCAGUCUACUUCCUUUGUUCUAUCGUAGAACCUUUUUGUCUGGAUUUCAUGGUCCCAUAGACGAACGGCUCUCGUUGUCACUUGGAACAAGGGAUAGAGCUUUGACAGAGAGCCCAUUGUUUGAAACAUUCUGGCAACGAGAUGUUGAAGAAUCCAUCCGACAGAAGAAUGUAAGACCCCUUGUUGAGGAAGCUGUUUUACUGGUUUCAGACUGGGGCUUCAGACUUGUGGAUCUCAAAGUAAAGAGGAAGAAGCUGGGGAAAGGCAUACUUAAGUGGAUUAAAUCUUUGUAUGGUCAAACUGAAGGAAGUUUGAGUGGAUUUGUUGGCCCAAUACAUAUAUGGCAGGGAAUGGAAGACAUGGUGGUGCCUCCAUCAGCAUGCCAAUAUUUGCGCCGAGUUCUGCCCGAUGCAAUGGUGCAUUCAAUCCUCUACGAAGGCCACUUCACUUAUUUCUACUUCUGCGAUGAGUGCCACAAACAGGUAUUUAGUACCGUUUUCGGAGACCCUCAAGGCCCUAUAAUCCCAGAAGUUGUCCAAGUCCAAACCCCCAUCCAAGAUGAAGAAACUCCUCCUGUCAAAGAUGAUGACGAAGAGACUGGGGAGGUAGCAGUUCUUGGAGACAUAACCACAGAUGAAUACGUUGUCGAUUCUGAUCCAGUAUGACAUUUCAGGUACAAUUACUUUACAGGUUUUGCUUAUACCGAACCGACAGAUUUAGGUAGUAAGAGCAGGAUACGUGUAGUCGUGUAGAAUGCAAGAAUACAAAACAAUUACUACAUGUAUGUAUAUUAUCCUAUACUUGCUCUAAUUACAGGAGGUCAUUCCCAUAUGUGGGAGGGCCAAUGGUCUUGUUUCAAUCAUGGUUUCUGAGGGUAGUGAUGUUGUGAUUGUUAUGCCCCUCAAUUGGUAAUGUCACCCCUUAAUACAUUGACCAGUGUCUC